AUGGUAAAGGCUUUUGCGUCAUAUAAUGAUGAUGUCACUAGAACUGUUCUUGAAAAUGCUCCAAAAAAUGCCAAGUAUACCUCGCCACAAAUUCAAAAGGAGAUUUUGCAUAUUCUUUCUAGAAAAGUGAGAAGUAAGAUUCGUGAAGAUAUCGGCGAUGCCAAGUUUUGCAUUCUUGUUAAUGAAGCUCGUGAUGAAUCUAAAAGAGAGCAAAUGGCUCUCGUUUUAAGAUAUGUUGAGAAGGAUGGUUUUUUACAAGAACGUUUCUUUGAUCUUGUGCAUGUCAAAGAUACAACUUCAUUGAAUUUAAAAAAGGAUCUUUGUGCUGUUCUUUCUCACUAUAAUCUUGAUGUUCACAAUCUCCGAGGUCAAGGUUAUGAUGGUGCUAGCAAUAUGCGUAGUGAAUGGAAUGCUUCUUGCAAACGAACUGAUGAAUUACAUUAUGCUCAAGUUAUGGAAAUUGCCCAUUUGAUAGAUCUUGAUGAACUUGAAACUGGCCAAAGAGCUAAUCAGAUUGGUAACUUGCAACGACCUGGAGGUACUCGUUGGAGCUCCCAUUUUGAUUCUGUUUGUAGUUUGAUAAGAUCAUUUCAGUUUGUGUUUAUUUUGCAUUUGAUAAAAGAUAUUAUGGGAGUAGCUAAUAUCCUUUGUCGAGCUUUGCAACAAAAAGAUCAAGACAUCGUAACUGCUAUGCAAUUGGUUUCAAGUACAAAACAAAUCAUUCUGAAAUUGAAAGAAAAUGGUUGGAACAAGUUACUUGAUAUUAUUAAAUCAUUUUGUGAGUGCCACAACAUUAAUGUGCCUGAUUUGAGUGUUCCUUAUACUAAAAAAAUUAAGGGUCAGUCACGUCACCCACAAGAGAAUAUUACACUUGAGCACCACUAUCGGAUUGAUAUAUUUUAUGGCACAAUUGAUUCACAAUUGCCGGAGUUGAAUAACAGAUUUAUUGAAAAGGCAAUGAAACUUGUUACUCUCAGCUCAGCUUUGGAUCCUAGAGAUGGUUACAAGCUCUUUAACGUUGAAGACAUUUGCACACUUGUAGAUGAAUUUUAUCCUCAAGAUUUCACGGACCAAGAGAAGAUUAUAUUGACAUUCCAAUUGCAACAUUAUGAGGUUGAAAUGCCUGUUCAUUCAUAUUUGAAAAUUAUGUCAACGAUUUCUGAGCUAUGUAGAGGAUUAGUGGAAAUAAAGAAGUCAAAAAUCUACUUUUUGAUUGAUAGGUUGAUUCGUCUUGUCUUAACUCUUCCCGUUUCCACUACAACUACAGAAAGGGCAUUUUCAACUAUGAAACUUGUCAAAACACAACUGCGCAACAGGAUGGAGAAUGAGUUUCUUGCAAAUUACUUGAGUGUCAGUAUUGAAAAAGAAAUUGCUGAGACUUUUAGUACAGAUUCAAUUAUAGAUGAUUUUUCUUCUCUAAAAGAUCGUCGAGCUCAGCUUUUGUAG